AGGUGGUUGUGAAAAUUGCUGAAAAGACUCUGAAUAUGCCAUAUAUAAGAGUUCCUGGUCAUCCCAAACGCCUCCCAUGGAGAUCGGCCUGACACUCAUGGCUAAUAAGGGCCCCAGUGUUCCACAGAUAAUUAAGCUGCUGGACUGGCAGGACCACUAUGUCAUGGUCUUGGAGUGGCCCAUGCCAAGCAUGAGCAUGUUUAGUUUUGUGAAGCUCCGACGAAGGCUCAAUGAAGGGAUGGCACGAAAUGUUAUGUGGCAGGUCAUUCAUGCCGCUAACAUUUGCUGCGAGCAUGGAGUCUUCCAUCGAGAUAUAAAGCUGGAGAACCUCCUAGUGAACCCCGACACAUUGGAGGUCAAGUUGAUCAACUUCAGAUGCAGGACGCUCAUGAAGGACUCUGCCUACGUGGCCUUCAGUGGCACAGAAAUGUUCUGUCCUCCGGAGUUUGAUGUCGACGGCAGGUACCAUGCAAAGCCGGCGACAGUGUGGUCAUUAGGGAUCCUGCUGUUUGUGAUGGUGUGCGGGUAUUUUCCAGAUGACAAAGACCUGCACAUGAUCAGUAAGAAUGACUGGUCCAACCCUGACCUGUCACAAGAAUGCUGCCAGAUGAUUUGCUCUUGCCUGCAGCCUGAUCCACAGCGGAGACUUAUUCUGGAGGAGAUGCAGCUCCAUGACUGGUUUAUGGUACUAAGAGUCUAA